AUGGCUUACGGAAGAAAUAAAAGAAAGGCUACUAAAGCUGCUCUUACACGGUUUGAAAACUAUUUUCAAACUAUUAAGUCAAACAGAAAUCUUUCUCAAACUGAUUUGGUGGAACUCAAAAUGCGUGCGCAAAGGGCUGAUCAAUUGUUGGAAGAUUUUAACGCUGCUCAGUUAAAGAUUGCCGCUACGGAGACUGAUAUUGAUUUUGAUGAACAUGACAGUGAGUCUGAACAAUUUGAAAAUAAAUUCUACCGCAUAACAUCUGAAGCGAGCAAAUUUUUAAUUGACCAGAUGCAGCCGCAGGUUUUAACUCCAAACGUGGAAACUAAUUUAGCAUCUAAUUCUAAUGAUGAUUUAGCCAACAUUAGACUGCCUCCAAUAAACCUUCCAACGUUUGACGGUUCAUAUGACCAAUGGUUGUUUUUUAGAGACACUUUCAAUUCUUUAAUACAUAGCAAUUUCAAACUGACACCAGCCAAAAAAUGUCAUUACUUGCGCCUCUCUCUAAAGGGUGUGGCAGCUGAAACUAUCUCAUCACUUGAAAUCUCUGACGCCAAUUAUGAUGUAGCCUGGAACAUCUUAAAUGAGAGAUUCGAAAACAAACAGAUUUUAGUCAGCAACCAUGUAACGGCUAUUUUUAAUUUGCCAUCUUUAUCACGUGAAUCUGGACGUGGCCUUAGAGUCAUACUUGACGGCUUACAGAAGCACAUGGGCGCCUUGACGGUUUUAAAGAUGCCCACAGAACAUUGGGAUGCCCUAAUCUGUCAUAUUGUAACAGGUAAAUUUGACAAUGUGACUAGAAGAGCUUGGGAUUCCAAAACCUUUAUUGAAGAACUCCCUACUUACAAGGAACUUAUAGAUUUUUUAAAAGACAGAUGUCGAAUUUUAGAGUCUUUCGAAAACAGCUGUUUCAGAAACGCUUCAAACAAAAUCGAAAGGCCUCGCCAAUCACACUCCAACUUUCACAAAAAUACUUCUCAAUCCUUUGUCGCCACUAACAGUAAUAAAAAAUGCACGUUUUGUCAAAAAGAACAUCUCAUCUACACAUGUCCUCAAUUUUUACAAAUUUCUGCUACUGAAAAAUUAAAUAAUGCUAAACAAAUGAAGUUAUGUAUUAACUGCCUUUCUAUAGGCCACGCAACUAAAAACUGUAGGUCGUCUGGAUGUAGAAAAUGUGGAAUAUUCCACCAUACCCUUCUACAUUUCAACAGAACCGAUUCUGGGACUGUACAAACCAAUAAUAAUAACACAUCUACCUCUUCUUAUUUCAACAGCACUGAGACUGACUUGAAAGACGUAGCCACAACCUCUUUGUCUACACAUGUGAUGCACACUCCUCUUAUAUACGCACCUUGUAGUUUAGUGGUAAAUGAAAAACCUAAUUCAAACACUGUAUUAUUAUCCACUGCUAUCAUCAAAGUUUUUAACACUACAGAUAAGUCACACUUAUGUAGAGUACUCCUAGACAGUGGAAGCCAAUCCAAUUUCAAUUCAGAAAGACUUUGCAACUUAUUACAACUUCCUAUUGAAAAUAUUAAACAUUCUAUCACUGGUAUCAGUCAGAAAAUUGAAACCAUUAAUUCUAGAGUUUUUGCUAAAGUCCAAUCCAAUUUUUCUAACUUUGAGGCGAAUAUAUCGUGUCUUGUACUUAAAUCUAUAACUGGAAAUAUUCCAGCUAUAUCCUUUGACUCCAGUUUAUUGCAUAUUCCCAAAAAUAUUGCAUUGGCUGACCCCGAUUUCAGCUCUGCAAAACCUAUUGACUUACAGCUCGGAGCAGACAUUUUCUGGGAACUGAUCCAUAUUGGUUAA